AUGGCUACAUUUCUAACUCUUCACCCUUACAAUCCUUUCAACUUUCUUCCAAAUUCUUCAUCUAAAUAUUCUUUUCAUUCUUCCUUUUCCAAACGAACCACCUUCACCGUGCUUUCUACUCAUUCAAAUCCUAAUAUUAUCAAAACCAACAGAAGAUCAAACUAUGGCAAAACCCUCUCACUGCACGAGUAUGAUGAAGAACUCUUCGAGAUUGAUGAUGAUGAUGAUGACGACGAUGAUGAUGACGAUGAAGAAGAAGAAGAAGAAGAAGAAGAUGAUGAUGAUGAUGAUUUCUUUUCUGAUGAGGAAUUUACUGAGUCUGCUGAUUUUGAUGCUAAAGACAAGAGAUCGAAAUCUAAGACACGUGCAGUUAGACAUCAGGAAAAUGGAGGGGACGUGAAAUCUCUUAAGAAUGGAAAAAGUAGUAAAUUGUCCAUAAGACAGAGAAAAGCAUCCUUACAACAAAAUUACAGUGAAAAGUUUGGUAGAAUUUCUUCUGUGGAAAGAUCUCGAGAUAUGUUUGAAGAGAUUGAUUUGGAUGUGAAAUUUUCACCACUUCUUGAUUACUUAAGAACGUUUGGAAUUAACAAUUCGGAAUUGGUUCAAAUUUAUGAGAAGCACGCGCCAUCAUUGCAAGUUAAUGUAUGUACUGCACAGGAAAAGUUAGAUUACUUAAUGAGUCUUGGAGUUAAACAUAAAAAUAUAAGAAGAAUUCUUUUGCGGCAACCACAAAUUCUCGGGUAUGCGAUGGAGAACAAUUUGAAGACACAUGUAGCUUUCAUUAUGAGCUUGGGUGUACCUAGUUCCAAAUUAGGGCAAUUUAUUGCUGUUACUCCGUCCCUUUUUUCUUACAGUGUUGAGAGAUCCUUAAAACCAAGGGUGAGAUAUUUAAUUGAGGAAGUUGGCAUCAAUGAAAAAAUUUUGGGUAAAGUCAUUAAUCUGAGUCCUCAAAUUCUACUCCAGAGUAUUGACAUUUUAUGGAAUACUCGACUUAUGUUCUUUACCAAAGAGUUGGGUGCGUCAAGAGAGAGCAUUGUGAAGAUGGUAACGAAACACCCACAGCUUCUCCAUUACAGUAUUGAUGAUGGAUUACUUCCAAAAAUAAAAUUCCUAAGGAGCAUAGGAAUGAACAAUGCCGACAUCUUGAAAGUCUUGACUAGCCUUACGCAGGUGCUAUCGCUCUCCUUGGAGGCUAAUCUAAAGCCGAAGUAUUUGUAUUUGGUUAAUGAACUUCACAAUGAGGCGCGAUCUUUGACCAAAUACCCUACGUAUCUAAGCUUGUCUUUGGACAAGAGAAUUCGCCCUCGCCACAGGUUCUUGGUUUCGCUAAAGAAAGCUCCCAAAGGACCAUUUCCUCUACCAUCUCUACUUCCAACCGAUGAAGACUUUUGUCAAAAAUAUGCUAAAACUACCCUUGAUAAAUAUAUGGCAUUUUGUAAGAGAUUAUCGCUCCAAAAUCUAGCUGAGAAAUAUAACAGAAAAAUGUGA